AUGUUCCAUGUCCAGCUUCCUCCUCCUUUGAAGCGGCGCCGACACGAAAUUCCUAUACGAGUUCAACGCCAACAAGAACGGGCACGACGGAAAGAAGAGCUGCAGAAAGCCUUGAAUGCUAUUGAGAAGCUGAUCCGUUCAAAAACGCACAUCUUUGAUGCUGGCGCAAAUGGAUUACAAGCCUAUCGAGCUCGGGCAAUCCAGAGUUAUCUCACUAUGGUGGUCAAAAAUGGAAGGAAGGGCGUUGACACAUCUGAACGGGCUGCCGAGAGCCAGGGAUUUGCAGCAAAGUGGGGAGGCCGAUUGGUACGGUCAUGGGUGAAGAAAUGGAUUGCGACGCGCACACUACCGGUAUCCAAACGUGGCCAACACAUCAAGGUGUUUACCCUUCUCAAUGAUCCCACAAUCCGCGAUGAGAUGAGGGCUUUUCUUCGGUCAAAUAAAUGGACAAUGAAUCCCCAGAAGCUCGCCGACUUCACUCAGAAUAAACUUCUUCCCGACGAAGCAAAGAAAUAUGCUAAGGAGGUGCUGGAUAAGGAGAUGCCGACAGGAUUGAAGAAUUAUCUCGAGAUCGAACUGUUCCCGCGUGUGCACCAGAAAGUGAACCGAGGCAUAUCCUUACAGACAGCACGGCGAUGGCUUCGAGCAGAGGGAUUUCAGUACACCGAGUUCAAGAAGGGCUUAUAUUAUGAUGGCUGGAUUCUUGAGGGUGAGCAACCCUUGAGAAAGAAAGGAGUUGGCCGUGGGUUGCAUCAGAGUGAUGUGAUCUGCUCGACUUUUGGUUGGUUGGCCGGCGCAAGUCAGACAUUGGAAUAUGGCAAGAACUACGACGGCUACUGGACAGGUGAACUGUUUGUUAAACAGCUUCGCGAGAAAAUUAUUCCCGAGUUUGAACGCCUUCAUGGACAAGGGUUUCAAGCACUGAUUAUGGUCGAUAACUCUCAAGGCCACUCCGCGUAUUCAAAGGAUGCAUUACUCACUUCAAGAAUGAACAUGAAUCCUGGUGGAAAGCAGGCACGGAUGCAUGAUGGAUGGUUCAUGAGCAAUGGACGACGUGUUUCACAGCCCAUGAUCUUUCCCGCUGAUCAUCCUGAAUUUCCUGAUGCUCCAAAGGGAAUGAAGCACAAAUACCUUCGAGACAACUGUGAUUAUACUUUCGAAACCUUGAAGGAGAACAUGCCGAAAGCUCUUGCUUCUGUACCGGUGGAGAGGAUUCGGAAAUGGGAGCAUCGAAUGUAUCGCUGGAUGGAUGCAUAUAGGACUGGAUUGGGAGCAAAGGAUGCACAGGCUAAGGUUAAGCAGUUCAGUUCGCGACGGUAUACCUUUCAUCGUCGUGUUCCCGAGACUCUGGCACGGCAAUUUGAUCAAUAA